CCGCCCUCCUCCGAUUGGACUCCGAGGCCUGGUGGUGGCGAGGGGGCGGUUUUCCGCGGCUCGGCGCCGGGAGCUCCGUCACGUAGGUUGCGCACGCUCACGCCGCAGGGACGGCCCAGACCCCGCGCAGGCUGCUGCGCCCUCUUCAGACGUCUGGACACCGAAGCGGGGGCCGAGAUGAUGCGGGUCGGGCGCCCUAUUUGGAGCUGACCAGAAGCCAGAGAGGCUGAGAAGAACCUGACGGAGGCCGGGCCGAGCACGAAGGCCUUCCCGCCCAUCGGGUUGCUGGGUUCCCGCCGCCGUCCAAUUUCAGGCGGUCAGGGUCACGCCAGUCGCUGGAAGCCCUGAACUCUGUGUCCCCCCCCCAAGUCCCAGGCCCCCUACAGGAAUGUUCAAAAAUGAGUAUCAGGGAGGUGCAUUUGUUGAAAUCUUUAGUGCACAGGGCAAAAAUCCUGGAGCUAAAUGGAAGAUCCUUGGCAGUCCAUCUGUGAUUUGGAAAGAAUUUGAUAAAGAAGUUAAAAGUUUUGUGUUUGUUCUGGAAGGCAGCAGCCAAACAAACAGAAUUCAAUUACCAAAGGAGAAUAAACAAAUCCUUGGACUGAUCCAGAGGUUUCUUGUGCUUCAGAUUUAUGUACCCCUGGGACAGGACUUCUCUACGGAAUUGCUAAUUACUGAUUUAGGGAACAUCAAAAGAAGAUUGUAUUUAUCGACAGUCCACAAGGAACUGUCCUCCACUCCUCUUCAUGCAAAAAUCCCACUCUUCAUGAUCAAGCGCAAAAUUUGGUGCAAUCUGUGCAUUGACUUGGUAGCAUUCACCAGUGAAAUAUUCAAGGGAGCAGUCUUCCAGUCAUUGGAUGGAAUUAUUGUCUCAGCCAACUGUAAGCUGCGGAAGAUCUUCACUUUAAAAUCCAAGCCUCAAGACACAGCUGAUAAAGAUGCUGUAUAUGGUGCCCCGUUUCCGACAGAUGAACCUACUGACAUUAUUCCCCGAAGCUGCCAGCUAACACGAGAUGUUCCCCAUGUCACACAGCUGCUGAAUAUGACCAAACUCCGCCAAACGGAAAUGAAAUUUGGAGGUCAUCCUCUGAGUUCAGCAGAGACAGAUUCGUUAAUCCACAGAGGAACGGGUAGCUUGCGGAACAGCAGAAAUCAAGAUAUUUGUCAUAUUGCCUUUGGAUCCAGAGUUCUUGGACCACCUCCACUGUCUGGCAGAAGGAAUAACGUGAGGGUAUCCAGUGAGACGGUAAGAUCUGUUGGACCCAAAAGUCACCGAUCAUACCAGCGGUCCACUGUUGAUAAAUGUGUUACCAAUUCAGAGAAGUCACCCUUGCUGAUACCUGACUGUGUGGAGCAAGGAGAUAAAGAAAAUAUUUGCCAAAUAAGGCAUCCUGUGCCUCUUCAUGCCAGUCUACCCAUUAUGCACCCACAUCCCCCUCAAGAACCAUCAGCAGAUAAGAAUAAUAACAGAAGAAGAUUCCGGUUAAAAGGCACCAGCAGAGAAAGGACAGACACACCCAGCGGGAUUUCUUCAGGAAACCACAAGAAUGAAGAAGAUGAAGCAACAACCGUCCUGGCUGCUGUGGCCCAGGAAGACACAGAGGUGGUGAACUCCAGCACUCCAGGGCCCCAGUCUUCUGAUCAAGCAGAUGAGUGGAUAUUUCCUGAAUGUGAUAAUCUCGUUCCCCAUUUGACGUCCAGCAAACAGUCCCCACUUCUGUAUGAUGACUCCUGCAACACAUCACACCUGUGGCUGCAAGCCAGCAAUGAAAGUGAUCAUGACCGAGAGGUAGAGGGAACCCAGAUCAUUCAAGAAGACAUUUUUACCUUCUCAUCAAGACCACGGUCAGCACCUCAUGGAAAGACUCCAGAUAUGUCCCCAGAGGGGGGCCCAUUUAUUUUGGAUCCAAAAGAGGACAACAGUGUGACAAGCAGAGACACCCGAUUGGAGGAUGAUUUUUAUAGCAUGGACAGCAGCGAAGAGGGUUACAACAGUCUCCAGGGUUCUCCAGGCUCCACAACUAGUCCUUCAGGAUUAACUCAGUUAACAUUAGAGAACACGCUGGGCAGCUCUGCAGGGUGGACAAGGAGAGGAUGUCCAGAAGCAUUGGGAAGCCAGGAUUCCUUGGCAAAGCAAGAAGAUAGAAAUGACCUGCAAAGGAGUCUGUUGCCCGCACCUUGUCUUUCUCCCCCUAGAGGAAGCUGUGGAUCUUCUCAGAAAACUCCAGACCCCCUUAUCAAAGCAGAGGCUCUACCAGCCCGUCAAGUGCCAACUUCACUAAACAAAACCUCCCUGAAGGAAAUCACAGCUGAAAAGUUGAAACCAAUCCCUGAAGUGUCUGAAUAUGACUGGAGAAAUUAUCAGCCCAGCCAGAUGAGUGAAUCCGAGUUGCAGAUGCUGGCAAGCCUACGGCGGCAACAGAAUGAAGAGCUGGAGGAUGCUGGUGCUUCCCAUGGCCUGAGUGCAUCCCAGGUUGACAACUGUAAUGUCAGCAUAAGCACCAGCAGUGAUGACACAACCACCUGGAACUCCUGCCUGCCACCACCUGUCAACCAGGGUCGUCACUAUCAGAAAGAAAUGAAUCCGCCUUCUCCUUCUAACCCCAGGUUUGGCUGAAGCCAACUAUCUCACCUGGUUCUAGCCAAUGAAUUAGGAACAAAAUGGCCAGUAUUAUUAUGUGGCUGGAUUAAGUAAAACUGGUAUGAAACUCUCCAAAUAUUCUUUUCCUCUGACGCUGGGACAAGAAACAUUCAGGAUGGUCGUGAUUCUGCCAUCCUGGUCACUGAAGGUCAGUGAUUAAUCGAGUCCCCUGCUGAUCUGUUACGGACACUUACCAUGAACAAAAAAUGAACUUUUGUUGUUUUUGAGCACUGAGAUUUCAGGGGUUAUUUGUUAACAAGCAUAGCCCAUGCUUUUUCAUACUGACAUAGUUACUUACUGUGGUACCAAAUAUGUUCUGUCACUGAAAGUAUAGCAUUGCAUCUAUUUUCAUACUUAAGGUUAGAAAUUGCUUAGAACUUUGAGCUCAGUAUACAGUUUGUUGGCAUAAAUACAUGGUUUGUACUGAUCAACAGCCAAUGUUUAGUAAUAUGAUGAAUCUAAAUUAUUUUAGUUAACAAACAAUCCAAUGCUUUCAUAUGGGGCAUCUCAAAAAGUUCAUGGAAAAGUAAAAUUAAAAGGUAAGUUGAUUUUGGUACAAAAUGUUUUGAGAUCCAUAUAUUUUUUUCAUGAUGUUCAUUCUCUAAGAACUCUUUGAAAACCUCUUUUAUGUUUUAUGAAUGAUAAUUUGGUCACUCAUGUAUUACUCAUGGAAUGUUAAGAUUACAUUAGCUAGCUAGCUAUGUACAGCUAGCUAUCCCCUGUCCUUUGUCUGUGGCCAACAUUGCUGAUGGAUCACAGUCCUUUUGCCUACAUAGGACCAAUCUAAAUUUAGUCCUUCUUGGUAAUAUAAUCCAUGCAAUAUUCCCUAUCACAAUUACCAUGUGAUUUUGUUAUGGUUAGAUAAUAAUCUGAAUGUCCCCGAUAGGCCCAUGAAUUGAAGGCUUGGUCCCCAAAGUCUUAUGUUCAUCAUUGAUGAAUUAAUGUUCACAGCCAAUGGUUUGAAGAUAGAGAGUUGAUAUAGUAGGUGUGUAGGAGGUGGACCCCAAUGGAAGGUCUUCAGGUCACUGGGGACAUAUCCUCAGAAGCUAGUUCUUGUUAGAGAGUUGAUUAUUAAGGCCAGGUUGGGCCUAGCUUGCGUCGCUCGCUCGCUCACUCACUCGCUCUCCUUUGCUUUCUCUGUUCACUGUGUGACCAUCCCUCCACCAUUCUCAUAACCUAACCAGAUGCUUAAACCAGAGGGCCACUUCAUCUUGGACUGUGAACCUCCAAAACUGGGAGCCAAAACAAACCUUCUUCCUUUUCUAAGUAGCUCUUUUCAGGAUACCUUUCAGGUACUUUAGUUAUAGUGCUUUUGAAAAGCUGACCAAUACAGAUUUAUAUGCUAUUUGUAUUCUUUGAGCUAGAAUUUCCAUUAUUUAUUUAAUGAACCAGGUUUUCAAAUGAAAUCUAUUCCUAGACCUACAUGACAAUCCCUAGUCUUGGAGUUAACAUUUUACUUACAUCUACUCUAAAAGUCAUCUGCCCUCUGCAGCACCAACAAGAAACUUGGUCUGCUCCUCCCUCACCCUGUCUACCUCAGUUUUUCCCAUUCCCUGUGAUCAAAAUCUUACAACAUUAAGUGACAAGCAUGAUAUAUUAUUAAGUUAAUUAAUAUGAUUUCUGCCUCUAGCAAUGGCAGACUUGGUUGUUUCACACUAACUUUCCCUCUGAGAACAACCAGAAAAGCUAAACAAAAUGUGAAAAUCAUCUGAGUGAUGUCUUUGGAGAGCUUCCAAAGCAAUGAAGAUUUAUGGGGCCUCCAUCAAGGAGAGGCAGCCAGGCACACUGUGCCACUUCUUUCAAGAGAAAAGCCAGUUUGAGAGCACAGCUGAGGGACUGAGCUGCUGAUCACAGCCUUCAGUGCCUUAUGAGCUUGGCAGACAAAAAUUGGAAGUAAGGCCGAUGAAAUGGGGCCAUUGUAAGUUCCAAAAUACUACACCUUGAGUAAAAGAGCAAACCAGAAAUAGACUGGCUCUCUGGAGGAUUAAAGACACAUUUUUUUAAUUUUUAUAUUUAAUUUGCACUUAUUUAAAAGAAAAACAGAAAGAGGUCUUCAGUUUGCUGGAUCACUCUCCAAAUUAUCAUCCCAGCCAGUGUAGACUAGGCCUCAGCCAGGAGCCCAGAACUCAAUCUGGGUUUCUCAUGUGUCACCAGGUUCUUGAGUCAUCACCUGCUGCAUCCCAUGAUGCACAUUAGCAGGAAGCUAGAAUCAGAAGCUCAGCUCAGACUCCACCCAGGCACAGUAAUAUGGGGUGGGGUGGGGGUGUCCCAACUGGCGUCUUAAUUGCUGCACCAAACUCCCAUCCUUGAAUUCACAUCUUUAAAAAAAAUGAUGUAUUUACUUAUUUUGAAAGUCAGAAUUAGAGAGAGGAAGAGAGAGAUUUUCCAUCGGCUGGUUCACUUCCUAGAUGGCUGCCAGUCAGCUCUGGGCCAGGCAGAAGCCAAGAAUUUCUUCCAGGUCUCGCACAUGGGUAACUUGAGCUAUCCUCCACUGCUUUUUCCAGGCCAUUAGCAGGGAGCUGGAUGGGGAGUAGAGCAAUCACUAGACCUAGCAACAAACUAGACCUGUAUGGAAUGCCAGCCUUGCAGGUGGCAGCUUCACUUGCUAUGCCACAGCCCCGGCCCCUGAAGACACAUCUUGAGACACAUCUUGCUUAGAUUAGGACACUCUUACCCGACCCACAUGGCCUGCUGGAAGCAAAGAAAUCCCACGUGGAGGAGAAUAAGCCACUUAUGUAAUUUUUAAUUUUCUAGCAGCCACCUUUAAAAAGUGAAGCACUAAUGGGGCCGGCACUGUGGCACAGCGGGUUAACGCCCCCUCCUGAAGCGCCAGCAUCCCAUAUGGGUGCCGGUUCGAGACCUGGCUGCUCCACUUCCCAUCCAGCUCUCUGCCAUGGCCUGGGAAAGCAGUAGAAGAUGGCCCAAGUCCUUGGGCCCCUGCACCCACAUUGGAGACCGGGAAGAAGCUCCUGGCUCCUGGCUUCAGAUUGGCACAGCUCUGGCGGUUGCGGCCAGUUGGAGAGUGAACCAUCGGAUGGAAGACCUCUCUCUCUCUCUCCCUCUCCUCCUGAUCCAAAGCCAGGAGCCAGGUGCCUCUCCUGGUCUCCCAUGGGGUGCAGGGCCCAAGCACUUGGGCCAUCCUCCACUGCACUCCCUGGCCACAGCAGAGAGCUGGCCUGGAAGAGGGGCAACCGGGACAGAAUCCGGCGCCCCGACUGGGACUAGAACCCGGUGUGCCGGCGCCGCUAAGUGGAUGAUUAGCCUAUUGAGCCGCGGCACCGGUGAUAAAAUUAGUCUUAAUAAUUUAUUUUAUUUUACCCGUAAUAGCAUCAUGUAAUAGUAGCAUGCAGUUGUUGAAAGAAAAAGCUCUUCCUCUACCAAGUUAGGUUUGAGUGAUCAGGGUCUGCAGCUUAAUUGAAUAGGUUAACAGAAGAGAUGGUUUAUUACACAUGCAUGUAAGGGCAUUUUUAAGGAGUGGUUCUCCUGUCAGCCAGAGUAAGGGUUGAUACAUCGGCUUAAUAAGGGGAUGGAGGUGGGAGUAGGGCUUCAGUGGGAAAGGAUGGAAGCCUCUGGUAAGGAUUGUUUACCCAGUUUCUUGGAAUGUAUGGGUGCUAAAGCUGCCUCUAGUUGCCUCCCUAACUGAGAACUUGUUGGGGGGAGGGGUAAGUAGACAGGGAAAUGCUGAGGGGACAGUGGCUAACUCUCAGAAGAUGCUGCUUUAGGCAAGAUAUAGGAAAUUCAGAUAAGGUUUUUCUCUGCAUCUGUUAUCUGUCUACAUGCUUUCAAUUUAAAAUAGUCUGCUGUUUUAGUGCUUUGUUGGUCCUUUCAUAACAACAUAAAAUAUUGUUAAUGAGAUAUUUAACAUUCUUUCUUUCAUAUUAAGUCCUUUGAAUCCAGGGUAUGUUCUAAACUCGCAGCCCAUCUCAAUUCAGACUACCCCCAUUUCAAGUGCUCAGUAGCUCCUGUGGCUAGUGACUUACCAUAUUGGACAAUGCAGUUCUAGAAGAUAACAUUGAAGAAUAGCUUCAUGACCUUGGGGUAGGAACAGAUUUCUGAAACAGGUCUAAAAUAUCACUAACCAUAAAGGAAAGUAGUAGUAAAUUGAACUGUUAAAGUAGAAACUAUUAAAGGAAACCACUAAGAAGGUAAAAAAGGCACAACACAGAUUGGAAGGAGAAAUUUGCAACACAAGAAAGGCUCAUCCAGAAUAUAUAAGAAACAACAAACCAGUGAGAAAAAGGAGGCAUCCCAAAAGAGAGUAAAAAUUGCCAAGAGACUUGAACAGGUAUUUCACAAAAUAUCCAAAUGGCCAAAUGGUCAGUAAAUAUAUGGAAAUAUAAUGGUACUUCGAAAAGUUUGAGGAGAAAAAAUGGAAUUAAAAGAUAAGUUUAUUUUAGUAUAAAUUUAUUUUAAAUCUAUGCAGUUAUAAUAUAUACCUUCCCAGUAGAAAGAGCAGGGCCAUCAAAGAAGGAGGUACCUUUCUCUGAAGGGAGGAGAGAACUUCCACUUUGACUAUGACCUUGUCUGAAUAAGAUCUAAGUCAGUGAACUCAAAAGGCUUCCAUAGCCUUGGCAACUCAUGACUAGAGCCUAGGGAGAUUACUGACGCCAGAAACAAGAAUGUCAAAUUGUUAAGUCAACAACAGGAGUCACUGUGCACUUACUCUUCAUGUAGGAUCUCUGUCCUUAAUGUGUUGUCCAAUGUGAAUUAAUGCUAUAACUAUUACUGAAACAGUAUUUUACACUUUAUGUUCUUUGUGGGUGCAAACUGAUGAAAUCUUUACUUAAUAUAUACUAAAUUGGUCUUCUGUAUACAAAGAUAAUUGAAAAUGAAUCUUGAUGUGAAAGGAAUGGGAG